CCUUUAAAUGCGCUCGUUGUUUUCCGGAGCUUCUCCGAGAGCCACGCUGCGGCGUGAGCGCGGACCGAGCCAGCCAGUUAUUACAGAUCUGCUGGACCGGGAGCCCACCGAAGGGUCACUUUCCAACAGCUUUGGGACGCGGUUGUUUCACGGCAUAUUUUCCCCAAAUGCAGGCCAUUAAAUGUGUGGUCGUUGGCGACGGGGCCGUGGGUAAGACCUGCCUGCUCAUCAGUUACACCACCAAUGCCUUCCCUGGAGAGUACAUCCCCACAGUCUUUGAUAACUACUCCGCCAAUGUUAUGGUGGACGGGAAGCCAGUCAACCUGGGCCUGUGGGACACGGCAGGACAGGAGGACUACGACCGUCUCAGACCGCUGUCCUACCCACAAACGGACGUGUUCUUGAUAUGCUUCUCCCUGGUGAGCCCGGCAUCUUUUGAGAACGUCAGAGCAAAGUGGUAUCCAGAAGUACGACACCACUGCCCAAACACCCCCAUAAUCCUGGUGGGCACCAAGCUGGACCUGAGGGACGAUAAGGACACGAUUGAGCGUCUCAGGGAUAAGAAGCUGGCCCCCAUCACAUAUCCCCAGGGGCUGGCAAUGGCCCGGGAGAUAGGGUCCGUGAAGUACCUGGAGUGUUCAGCUUUGACCCAGCGAGGCCUGAAGACGGUGUUCGACGAGGCCAUCCGCGCCGUUCUCUGCCCUCCGCCGGUCAAGAAGCAUGGCAAGAAGUGCACGGUUUUCUGAGGGGGGGAGGGGGGGGAGGGGGAGGAGUUGAUUCCCCGGGGGCCACUGGGCAGGCAUUGGCUGUGGGGUGGGGACACUUCUGCUACAGCAGACGCAUAACAAAUCAUCAGGCAUUUUCUUGAGGGACGUCCACUCUAACUACUCAUAAGGACACUUCACACACGGGCAGGUGGGUUAGGGAGCCGUUAUCAGCUGGCCGAAGCAGGAGAGAGCAAAGGAGAUGUGGGUGUGUGCUUAGGUCCCCAUCUUUAUGGGAUUCUCCACAGAUUUGCCUUAAUUGAUCAGUCAUAACUAAAGGCUUUGUUGCAACAGAGGGGGCAAUGACCAGCCAUCAGUGUUCCAUAGAUGUAUUCUGUAUUCACCAAGUAUAGUCACAAAAAUGUCAGCUUUGAACUGUCGCAGUCUACAUUUGCUCUGAUCAGAACGGAUGUUUCGCAGAGUUGAUUUAGAGGUGCUGUUGCGGUAUGGAAAUUGCACGGACGAUUUACUUGCAGUCUGUCAUUUGAGAGACGUGAUAGUGUAGUCGUGAAAAGCUGGGGAUUAAGAGACUUGUCACGCUUGAUAGGUAGCCGCAGUUUCUAACUUCUUGUGUUUUAGUACUCUUGAAGUUCUUCCUGGAAAGUAGACAGCACGUUUCUUAAGUCACAUUAUCUAGAAAGUACAAGGAGUAUGUGGUGUCUGUUUGGCCAACCCUCUGUACCUUUCAGAAGCAUAUUCACGCAGCCUUAUCACCAAAUCGGCAUUGCCUUCUGCAGAGCAUCUAUAGCCUCCUUUAAGGUGCUUAAACCUACACAGGAAACACCAUCCUUCAGGUGGAUGUGUUUUUGUCCUCGUAAACUGAAACCCUCACUUCUGCUUAGUCAAGUUCACUCAGAAUAUGUUUUCUGGAUCUCCGGUGUUGUGGGAAAUGACUGUGAGCUACGGUUGAGCCAUUGUGGUUAUUUUUAAGGACUAACAUACCACAAACCAUAUAACACUGCUGCUUAAAUAGCCUCUUCACGUUGUUGUAUUUGCAUCCAGUCUUAGACCCACUUGUCCUUACUUAGAUUUCAUGUGCAUAUGCCAUAUGGGUGUGUGUGUGUGUUCUGUGGUGCACGCAGCAUUUCAGUAACCACUGUAAAGUACUCGCAUUACUGCGUUUAUUAAUUUGUAACAAUUGAAAGUGGCAGAGAAAUAAAGAAUAUAAAAGUGUGUUAAAUAUUUAACCUUUGAAAAAAGACAUGAAUUUAUAAAUGAAAAUAUGUUUUAACCUAAAAAUGAACGUUUCAUUUUAAGAACAAAAUUCAUUUUGACAUUAGGAUGCUGGGAUGAUGCCAGCUAUGCGUUUUUUUGUGAUGUAAAAUUAAUUUAGUAGUGCAUACGACUUAAAACACAUCUGGAUUACUGAGGCCACAAAUGUCAGGUUUAGUACUGAUAAAAAUUAGUCUUCCUCUGCUGGUGAGCAGUGGUAUUUUCGAUUUCGUCACAACACUGGAUAAUGAAUUCUGUUGGCAUGGCAACUACAUCCACGUAGUGAAAGAUGACAGCAUGGUCAGGGAGUAGAGUCUGAAAUGUUUCUCUUAAUGCUUCAGAACCUGCAUGGGAACUAUUUGGUAAUCUAUUUGUAGAGUCUGUUUGAGAUCUGACAAGAAAAGUGUUUCAUUUAAAAUAUGCUCCGUGUUUGUUAGUCUUUAUUUUGUAUUACUUUUACUGUCAGAGUAUUGUGAGAAUUUUCCAUUUUGUACAAUAAAUAUAAACAUAACUAAA